AUGCUUGAGAGGUUGAAAACAAAAGAUAGAUUGUAUAAGUUAAAGGUGGGAUCUGAUGACCUUUGCCCCCUUUGUGGUUCAAUGUCUGAAACUAUCAACCACCUAUUCUUUGAGUGUCACUUUGGUGCACACUGUAAAACACAGAUCAUGAACUGGUUGGGGUUCCAAAACAGCAGGAACUCAGCAGCAGCUCUUCUCAAAUGGAUCCAUAGAUAUGCUAAGAGCAAAUUUCAGAAGGCAACUAUGUACACUGCAGUAGCUUGCCUGGUUUAUCACAUUUGGAGGGCAAGGAACUCCUCAGUUUGGAAUGGUCAUGUUCCAGCUAUCAAGCACACUGUCAACACUAUUCAGUUUGAAGUAAAGAGUAGAAUUUCAAACUUACUUAGCAAGAAAAUUUGUAACAGAGAUAUGGAUUGGUUUGCUAGCCUUUAG